AUGGACCGACAGGCAACACGGACCCAGACGGCCGAGAGAGACUACUAUGUCGACCAUCAGAUGGAGGCAUGUCGAGCUGCAGGCCUAGGAAAGAAGAAUCUCAAACAGGCAUUACAUGCCCAAUGGCAGGGCAUGAACCCGACACACAAGGGACGCAUUCUUCGUCGCCUGAAGCGUGCCGUUGAGGCUGAAGAAAGAGUAGAGCAGGCGCUUGAGGAAUCGCAGGAAGUGGAGAAGUCGAUUCAGAAAUACACUCCAGAGCGCCUUCAAGCCAACCCAGAAGACUAUCCUGAAUAUUUUGUGGAGGUCCACAAGGCCCGGGAUGCGUACGAGAAAGCCAAAUGGUGUGCCUCAGACUGUUGGAAGACCUGGACCUUGGUAGCUCGCACACAGGAAAGGAUUCCAUGGACCAAUCUGCCAGCUCCGAGGCGUACGCCUACCGGACGCGCAGCCAUUGCUGCAGGCUUACUGAAUACUGCCAAGGCGCGGUUGGUACAAAACAGUGCCGACAGGGCUGAACGAGCUUUCCAGCGUGUGGAACAGUUUAGCAAUGAGGAAGUCCGUCUCGGGAUCAUCACAUACAAGGAACCCGUACCAAGGGUGAACAACAAACGCAAAUUGCCAGCACACUGGGCGGACAGGCUGAACGAGAAGCGAUUCAAAAAGGGAACCUAUGGUAAACCGGAUUGGACAGACAAUGACGAUAUCCCGUCAGAAUACGGAAUCAUUGGGAAGGGCGAUGGUCCUUGGGAGUUCACAGAGUGGAUAAAGGAGCCGACCAAAGGCAGUAGUGUCUCUCCGUGGUCACAAUCCAACAACCAUGAUUCGGAGAUUGCGGAUUACAUCGUCAUGAAGGAGGUAUUCGUCGACGAUGAUCAAUGGUACGACGUGCGACGCUGGGCCGAUAUUCGCCUUGACCAGAACGACGCAAGACUCCCAUGGGAGCUGGAAUGCCAUCGACAGAUGUCAGCCCUCCCGGACACCCAGAAUAUCGUCAUGCUCCGAAAUCUCAACCAAGCAGAAGUGCGAAGCUGGGUUGACUCUUCCGAGAGACGCUACCGCGUCUUCAUGGACUACUGUGCGUAUGGCGACCUCGACAGCUUGAUCCAGAGAUAUGCACCUCCAUAG